GAUAACAGUGAUUAACCGAGAGAAACAGACAAGGGAAGAGGGAGACAGACAGAACUGACAAAGUGUAGAGUGAACCAAGCAUGUUUUAUUUUCAUAUAGAAUAGAUUCUUUUUCACCGGACAAAAACUGAUCACUUCCUUAAUCCUAAAAUGAAAGACCAGACAACAGCCCAACAGUCACUUUCAUCAGUGUCUUGUCCAGAAAAGAAGAGUUGCCAAAAAUAUCAAUACAUUUUUACAGCAAAUAUAAACAAACCGUUUCACUUUCUGAAAAAAAGUUUCCAUUUCGUUUUCCAAGCAAACAAAGUUUCUUGACAAAGUGGGAGUUGCUGAAAUACUCCAGAGAACACGAUCUGUCAGGAAUAAUAAUGGUCAGCGCAGAUAUCAGACAUCACACAGAGACAAGGGCCCACUCUGAGGAUCAGGUGAGCGUUCUGUAAGGUCGGACUGAAGACUAAUCUGAGUGAGCUUUCACAUCUGGUGUCUUUUUUCACUUGUUACUGUAGAUCUGCAAAAACCUGAUUCUUUAAAAUUUCUCGCAAAAGAAUUUGCAAUAAUAUAGUAACAUUUGUAUAUGUAUGUUGUACUUCUACUACUACGUCAUGUCCUUCAUAAUUAUCAUAUAACAGUUUUCUCUAAAUACAAGGAUUCGUGAUGUAACUAAAUAUUGACAUAUUAAAUUAAAUACAUACAAUACUGUGUAAAAUACCUCUAUAUUCAUCUGAUGAAUGUAACUUUUUUUAUUUUUUAUUUUACAGACACCUUUUUUUUCUCCUUUGUAAUUUAGUUAAUGAUGAUUACCAUCAAUGCGACCAGAAUGAGGAGCUUCUUCAUCCUGGGAUUCCCUGGACUUUCUCCUCAGUUCCACGGUCCUGUAUCAGCUCUGCUCUUUUUCGUCUACAUGUCAAUUGCGAUAGGGAAUAUUUUCAUUUUAGUCUUUGUGUUAAGUGAGAGGUCUCUCCAGAAGCCAACCUACCUGGUCUUCUGUCACCUGGCACUGAACGAUCUAACCUUUGGCACCGUGACUCUUCCAAAGAUCAUAUCUAAAUACUGGUUUGACGACAGCCUCAUAUCUUUUUACGGCUGUUUCCUGCAGAUGUUUUUUGUCCAUUACUUGGGGUCGGUGACGUCCUUCAUCCUGUUGGUGAUGGCUCUGGACCGGUUUGUUGCCAUAUGUGUCCCUCUGCGUUACCCUGUCCUCAUCACUAACCAGAUCAUCUCUGUGCUCUGCGGCUUCGCCUGGUUCAUACCUCUGUCUUUGCUCAUCACGAUCAUCCUUCAAGCCUUGCCUUUGGAUUACUGUAAGUCCAACGUGAUUGCUCAGUGUUACUGUGACCACAUCUCCAUAACCAGCCAGGCCUGUGGUGAGAAUGUUAAAAGUGUACAGAUCACUACUCUUUGCAUGGCCAUGUUCUGUCUUCUGCUUCCUCUUGCAUUCAUCCUGUUUUCCUACGUGUCCAUCCUCGUGGUCAUUCUGAAAAUGUCCAACAGCGCCGGCCGCAGGAAAACCAUGUCCACGUGUACGCCGCAGAUAUUCAUCACCUGUCUUUUUUACCUUCCCAGAUGUUUCGUAUACGUUGCCAACACGGUUGGGUUUUCCUUCAGCUUAGGUGUUCGUAUCUUUCUGAUUUUGCUCUACAGCCUUCUUCCUGCUGCGGUUAACCCGAUCAUUUACUGUUUUAAGACUCAAGAUAUCAAACAGGCCCUGAUGAAGAGAGUGAGAACAACCAGGAUCAGAGUCAUCAAGGUGUCAGUAUGA